UCUGGAGUCUCAUCUUCACACUCUUCUCAGCUUCCCUCCUACCAUAUUCUCCAGUACCUGUGAUGACGGUGCUGAUGCUUUUCAGACGGUGGGGAGAGGAUAAGCGUCCACGCGUCAAGAGAAACAAAGAAUGCUUAGAAUUAGUACUACAGAAAUUUUUAGUACAGAUUGCUUUAGUCUUUAUAAAACUGGAAUUAUUGGCUUUGCUUACCAGGAGUAAUUGCAGGGAAGGCUUCCACCGAUUUGUUUAUUUCUGCAGAGCCUUGAUUUGAUUCUCUUGUUGGGAGAAAUCAGUGGAGGAAAUUCACCAACGUUUAUUUUUGGGGUGGCCUGUCCCCAUGUUGAGAGUCAGUGCCCACGUGCACUUCAUUAUUUUCUGGCUCCCACAGUCUUGAAUAUGAUUAAUACGCGCACAGGCACCAUACCGGAAACUCUCACAACUUAUCAUAAUUGUUUGACAGAGACCUGAAACUUCUUACCGUUUUCUUUGGGUGUGACCGUGUGAGCACUGUGAGGAUGGAGUUUAGAUAUACGGUAUCUGAAGGUAUACAACCUGAAGCGGCGCCGGGUGUUUGGAUUCAGCCAUUUUGGCGACAAAAUGAGUGAAUUUUUUGUUGGACUUUUCUUGAACGAAAGACGGUGAUGGUACCUCUUCUUUUUUUAAUUGCUUUGGUUUCUUCUGUUCUCUCUUUCCAAUGCUCCUCUCACAAAACAAAUCAUAAAACCUUCUCUUUAUUAAUAUUUUUUUCUUCUGAGACUGAUCCCCUGGGUGCCCAAUUGUUUUUAGAGUGACUAUGUGUUUGUACGAUCGUCCUUUCAGUUUUCCUUCACUGCUUCAAUUGUUUUUUGUCAUUUUUUAGGCGGGUGGUUCGUCGAUGCCUGGGAGCAUCGACAUCUCAAGCAGUACUUUUUGGGGUUACUUCGAGGAAAUUUUGGUGGGUGCUAUGCAUCUCAUUUGGUGCAGAUUUUGAGACGAUUCCUGUGCUUGUUUCCGUGGAAGCAGAGCAUGUCUUUUGUUCUUUGCUUCUUGUCAGUUUGCCCGUGUAUCAGCUUCAAUUCCCCACUCUUCUUUCCUUUCUCUGACCCUUCUCCUAUCUUUCUGUGACUCUGCCCCUACCAUAAAUGGUUAGUUUCACAUGGGCGCUUUCUUAAGCCUAAAAUCUUGUGAGACACCAAGUCUUGGUUGGUUUGUCUUCAGUCACUUGUAGAAGUUCUCUGCUGUGAAGCGUUCUAGAUGAUGGAUCAACCAACAGUGUUCAGUGAUGAAUUCGAUUUGGAUUCACGGUGGCUUGUUGAUCCCAAACUCUUAUUCGUCGGUCCAAAGAUCGGAGAAGGUGCACAUGCCAAAGUGUACGAGGGAAAAUACAAAAACCAGAACGUUGCUAUCAAAGUUUUUCACAAGGGAGAAACACCUGAGGAAAUUGCAAAGAGGGGGUCUCGGUUUGCGAGAGAGGUUUCCAUGCUUACCAGGGUGCAGCACAAGAAUUUGGUGAAGUUUAUUGGGGCCUGUAAAGAGCCUGUGAUGGUUGUUGUGACUGAGCUUUUGCUUGGUGGUUCAUUGCGCAAGUAUUUGUUAAGUCUGCGACCAAGACCCUUGGAUAUACGUGUGGCUGUGGGGUUUGCUUUGGAUAUUGCUCAAGCAAUGGAGUGCUUACAUUCACAUGGAAUCAUUCAUCGUGACCUCAAGCCUGAAAACUUGCUGUUAACAGCGGACCAAAAAACUGUAAAGCUUGUAGACUUUGGUUUAGCAAGGGAGGAGACUUUAACAGAAAUGAUGACAGCAGAGACAGGAACAUAUCGAUGGAUGGCCCCUGAAUUGUACAGCACGGUUACAUUAAGGCAUGGAGAAAAAAAACACUACAAUCACAAAGUCGAUGCUUACAGCUUUGCAAUAGUACUGUGGGAGCUUUUGCACAAUCGGACACCAUUUGAAGGCAUGUCAAAUUUGCAAGCAGCAUAUGCUGCUGCAUUCAAAAAUGUUAGGCCUAGUGCAGACAACCUUCCCAAGGAGAUGGCUAUUCUUUUGACUUCAUGCUGGCAAGAGGACCCCAAUUCCCGACCCAACUUCGGUCAAAUUGUUAAAAUGCUUCAAGAAUUUCUGUAUACUAUCUCACCUCCAAUUCCUGCAGUUCCUCUUCGCAUGUUUUCCACUGAUAAUGCAGUGAUGCCCCCAGAAUCUCCUGGAACUAGCUCCUUGAUGGCUGCACGGGAUGAUCUAGCCGAAACACCUGAAACCAAGUUGGCUAGUAAAUCACGAGGGUUUUUCUUCUGCUUCAGCCGUUGCUGUAGAUAGAUGACGUAGAAAAAGUAUCUUUGUGGCAGUGCUUCCAUGAGCAAGUGAAGAGAAGGUGGUGAAAGCAACAGUUUUACGUUCGGGCUAAGUCCCUCUCUCAGCCUUGCUUUGUCCUUUUGGUAUUUCUCUGUUGUAACUCCAAUUGCAUUACAAGAUGCAACACCGAGAAGGGGUGGAAUUUGGAGGUUCUGCAAUCAUGAAGGGAUCAUCAGAGAUUGGCAUUGCUUGUGCUCUGCAGGUGGCUUCUUUUGUGACAGAAAAGCAGCAAUUUGACAUUCUGUUGGUCCUAUAGGGUCAUGCUCUUAGGUGAUGCGUCCACGAACUUAAACUACCUAUUUACCUUCUCAGAAAAUAGAUAAAGCUCUUAUGCCUAAUAGGCAUGCCGUUCAACCGAAGUCAGUCUCCGCAGGCUAAACCAAACUUGAGCUCAACUUCAGACGCUGAACAAACCAGAGUUGAAAGAUGGAGAUUGGCUUGAAUUCAGCUGAUAUGCAACCUUAAAAAUAUCAUCGACGGAAGCUGGUGAUCUUUAGAAAAGCAGGAAAAAGGCCUGCUUGUCAAAGGCCCAGUCUAUGUAUUUGCUUUGGGUUUUUGCCUUCCUGUUCUUAUGAGUUUGGGAAUCUAUUUAUGCUUUAUCUCAGAUUCUGUCUGGUUAAUACUCUUGGCUACCUAAUAAGAAUAAUCCGACACAACCAUCGAACACAGCAGCAGGCACCUAUU